AAUAAUGUAAACAGACGCACUUCCGGUGACAACACUAAAACAUAAACAAAGGAAAAGUCAGCUUAGACGGGUUGUGUUUUGACCUUUUGCAACACAGUAAUUGCCUUGAUGGCUGCUGGACUGAACAUCGCUGGUCUGCAGCUUGAUACUGCCCCUCUGGCACAGCAUGAUGGGGAUCAGGUGUCUUACAACUCUAAAAGUCAGAUGUCUGUGUCCAUUCCCACAUCUCCCACUGCCCUCUCCCUGGCCAGUCCAGAGGGGAUUGAUUGCUAUGGUAAUGAGAGACAAGUCCUGAGUGACCAGGCCAAAUUCUACAACAACUCUUCACUCAGUGAUGUAACACUAGUGGUGGGAGGAAAUAAUUUCUAUGCACACAAGCUGAUCCUGGUGCGUACCAGUGAUGUGUUCGAGCGCAUGCUGAGUGAAGAGUGGAGUGAUGGGAGCAAAAAGGAUCUCAACUUGACAGAGGAUAGUAUGUGUGUCACUGUCUUCCCAAGAUUUCUGCAAUUCCUUUACAGUUGCCAUAUCAAACUUAACAUAGACAACACACUACCUGUGUUAAUUUUAGCAGAUAAAUACAAUGUCACAGAUCUACGUAAUGUCUGCAUCUCAUUUGCAUGCUCCUUCAUCAUUCCAAAACUACAGCUGAAGGAUGUCUUUCAUGUUUGGUUUCAAUAUGCCACAAAGUGCAACAACACACGUCUGACCAAUUCCUGCAUCAGAGCAAUGGCAGAAAAGAUGGAUGACAUCAUAGGGUCUGUGGAGUGGGAGGAUGAGUGGGUUGGUAUGGACAAUCAACAACUCAUUGAGUUUCUCAAGAGCUCAGAUUUAUGUAUCAAAGAUGAAUUUCAACUGUGGAAUGCCAUGUUAAAAUGGCUGCUGUGUCCCCAGUUUCCAGUAAGAGCAGGAGAAAAAAUCCAUGAGCUGACUGAAAUUGUGGAGCAUAUUCGUUUUCCCAUGAUGACAGCUGAGCAGCUUUGUGCUGUUGAAUCCAGUGAAGUGGCACAGAAGUAUAAAGAUAUAUUUCAGAAGCACUUUCUCCAGGCUUACAAGUACCAUGCAUUGCCGCUGACCAGUAGAGCCAUGGUGAAAGAGUUCAUAGGACCCUGCUUUCUAUUGCGAAACUACACUGAUCUCAGAUGGGACAAGCGCUUUGUGAUUCAACCAUUCUCGGCCUGUCCUAAGUGUUCAGAAGUUAGCUUCAGGUUUUCAACAAGAGCUUCAACAUUUCCUCAACAAACUUGGGACUGGGAUCUAAAGUGCCAUCCAAAAGGAUUCUCGUCAACUUCAGAGGAAUUCAGAUGCAUUCUCUAUUCCAAUCUCAUUUUAGAUCAGCCUCGACCAAUUGAGUAUCUACUUUCUGUCGUUGGGAAGGAUGAGAUUCUUCAUUCUGUUAGUGGGCGCAAAAAUUUUUCCAAGACAAGAUACACAGCUGAUACUGAGAUGGACAAAAAAGUAUCUGUUGCAGAGCUCUGCCAACCAAAUUCCCCACUAUUGGUGGAUGACUCUUUAAUACUACAAAUAACACUCAAACCUGUAGAAUGACAAUAUUUUUAGACUUUAAAGUUAGCUUCUGUUACUUGUAAUUAGUCAGAGCAAUGUGAAUAUACUUCUUGGCGUCAAAAUACUAUGUAAUCCACUGGAGCACAAUAUAGCAACCAAGUGCAAGUUUGUAAUAAUUAUUGCUUAUGCUUCACGAUGACAAAGCAGGGUAUUAUACAUGUAUACAAUUUCUCCUUAUUAUCCCCAGCGUUAUUCAACUAGGGGCAUUCUAUGCAUGUCCUUCCUCGAUUUGUUCGUUAUGUGUAAAUCAAAAUGAUUUUGUAUUAUUUUGGAAACAGGUCCAGUGUAUAUAUAUAUAAAGCUGCUAAAACUUUUUGAAAGAUGAAAACUUUGAAAUAUCAAUGGGUAUACUCGGGAUUCCACAUUAUAAGAGGUUAAUUGAUUUAUAUGGAGCAAAUUAAUUUCUUCAGUGCCAAAGUUUUUGUUAUCCUUUGCUUCAUUAUAAAUUCACCAUAAUUCAAUCAUCUGCAAAGAAUGAAUGCAAAUUGUAUUGCGUUUUUAAAUUGUCCCCUCCCAUAUGCAUGGAUAUUGUUUCACUUUGUCCUGUCCAUUUAUCACAAGGUUGGUCUACUAUCAAUAAGUUCCUCCUACUGUGAGUACCAUGAGGUGUUAUUUUGUAAGAUACCAAAGAUGUUUUACACUACAAAAUGAAUUUAGGCAUUUUGAUGUCUGAAAAUGUUUGUGAACACAAUUUUGAAUUGGAUUUGAAGGAAACUUUAGGGAUAUAUGAUCAACAGUACCUUAUUUUAAUAACUGCAUGACUUUUUUUUUCUUGGUGGGAGAGAGAGAGAUCAGAAAGAGAAAGAGAGAGAGAGAGAAAUUGUGAAUUUUGAGAAAUAGGGGUGUAUGGGUGUAAUUUUUGGCAUCUAUAUAAUUUGUUAACAGAUGUUUAUACUUAAUUGAUUAAGAAUAAGAAAUUGCAUGUGCAAACUCAACAUUACACAAUCAAUUCACUAGGAUUUUCAAAACUUAGUCAUUAAUUCAUGGGUCACGGGUGGAAUUCAUGUCCUCACUGGGAGUAUAAUUGUGUUUCACAGACAUUUUAAGAUUCUACCCAUCACUGUCAUAUGAUCAGAACUUUUUAAAUUUUUCGGUGACAUUUAAAAAUUGUACAUGUACAGUAUAGCAAUGAGAGUGGACCAAAUCCAGGGGUGUUUCCAGAGGAAAUCAAAUUAUGUGUAAAUCAUUAUUAGAUAUAUACAUGUAGUAGCUAUAUUUUGCAGCAUGAUGAAUGAAGUAAAUGAGUAUUCCUUCAUUGAAAUGUGCGAGAUACACUAUAUGCUAGUAUUUUGCGCUGUCAGAAAUAGAUUUUGUUUAUGCAUGAGAUAAAGACUAAUAUCUUAUUUCAUUUGUUCAUGUGUUUUGCAUACAGGUUGUAAGUGAUCGAUGUAUUGCAUAUGCAUGCCCUUUUAGUGAAAAAGCUGGCAUUUUAUAGAAUGUGAUCACAUAAAUAUCAUUCCAGUCUGUAUUUUUUUUUUAUGUUAAUGUGAUAAAAUGUCUGGGGUUUAUUUAUUAUAUUGUUAAUAUUAUUGUUAUCAACUGCAUUGUAUUGUUGCUUAUAUUAAUUUUUAUCAUGAUAGUUGUUUCCAUUUUCAUAUAAUAUUAAAAUUUAUUCAGAACUUUAAAUUUAAUAUUAUUAAUGGAAUAUGAUUCAUUCUAUUAUUGAUUUUAAUAAAUAGAAAAAAAAUAAAAUGGGGAGAAAAAA